UCUUAUCGGUGUUCGGAAUUCAAAGGAAGUGCUCGUGUUCGCCUUGAGCUGUUUUAUUCCAUGUUUUAAAUUCCGUGUGAUACAUUUCAGUAGCAAUUUUUGUUCAGAUUUGGUUACUGCAUCGAACUUGCAUUGAGACAUUUAAAGGAAAUAAUUUAUAAUGGGUAACAACGAUGUUCCGAUAAUGCAGUCCUGCAUUCCGUUGCCCAUCGACGACAAGCAACUGCUGGAGGUAAUCGAAAAAGCAAAGGAUUGGGCCAUUAUGCACGGAGCCGCGAUGCGAUCGAAGACAGACUUCAAUCCUGAUGCUUUACAGUUUGCACCUUUCAUAUUGACACCCAGCUCGUUUCCGAGGAAAGAGUAUGAGAAAGCAGUUAAUCUACAGGUUACCCUGAAUGAGCUGAUGCAUGCUGUCGCACACGAUACGGAAUUUCUGAGGGAAACGCUGAAAAGUACAAUUAAGGUGGACACUUUCACCGGGUCCCUAUUUGAGAUCUAUGAAACCACCUUGAAAGAAGGAAUCUCGCAGCCAUUUUCGCUGGGCCUUUUACGAUCCGAUUUGAUGCUGGAAUCAAGGUGCGAGAACGAGAUCAAGGUGCGCUGCAGUCAAGCGAGCGCCUACUGCUGCUGGAAGCAGGUGGAAAUAAAUUCCAUCGCGUCGGGCUUUGGUCACUUGGGCCCCGCUAGUAGAGCGCUGCAAAGUUACAUUUUGAGGGAGCUAGGACACGGCGACAAGUUGGUUGAUCUCCCAGCGAAUCACGCCCUAUCCGGACUCUGCGACGCAAUGGUGGAAGCCUGGAAACUCCAGAAUCGACCCCACGCGAUUAUACUGUUCGUGAUAGAAGACAUGACGUACAACAUUUGCGAUCAACGUUUCCAUGAGUUCUAUAUCCGGGAAACCUACCCGCACAUCCAGGUGAUAAGGCGCUCCCUAACAGAGAUCUACGAACAGGGUCGACUAGGACCGGGCGGAGAACUGCUGCUAGGGGAUCUGGAAGCGAGUGUGAUUUACUUCCGAGCGGGUUACGAACCCGGUCACUAUCAUGGGAGCAACGAGUGGUCAGCACGUUUGCUGAUGGAGCGCUCCAAAGCCAUCAAGUGUCCCUCGAUCCAUUAUCAUCUGGCCGGAACGAAAAAGGUGCAGCAGGCACUGGCAAAGCCAGGCAUUCUGAAGCGUUUCAUCAACGACGAGCAGAAGAUUCAUUCGAUUAGUGAAAUAUUCACCGGUUUGUACUCGCUGGAUAAACACGAACACGGGGAGGAAGCGAUCAAACUGGCCCUCAAGAAUCCGGAGCGGUAUGUGCUGAAGCCCCAACGUGAGGGCGGCGGAAACAAUGUGUACGGGGAAGACAUUCCAGCGGCGCUGGAAAAAAUGAGCGAGGAAGAACGCUCGGCUUGGAUCCUGAUGGAGAGGAUCUUUCCGCCUCUGUCCAAGGGCUAUAUGAUCCGUCCGGGUGGCAAGAUGCCUCCGGAGAUUGUGAGCUUGGUUUCUGAACUAGGCAUUUUCGGAGCGAUUAUCGGUACUAAGGAAGAAAUCAUCUACAACAAGCAGGUUGGCCAUAUGCUGAGAACUAAAUUGUCCAGUGCGAACGAGGGUGGUGUGGCGGCCGGUUUAGGUGCUCUUGAUAGUCCCUACUUGAUUGAUUAGUAUCUGUAUGACGGAGGCAAAGUUUCCAUUCCAAAUGAUUCCACAACCAAAAUGCUUGCGUUUAAUGUUCAGAUAUAUAUUUUUUUGUUGUAUUUCUA